CUGCGUAUGCUGUAACGCUUCCGGUUCGGUCGCGCUCGCGUGACGCACGCACAGACGCGUUUCCAGAGACGCUCACCGAUCACGGGAGAGACUGCGCAGUCAGGACGAACAGCAGCGAGACACAUUCACCUCAACUGACACUGUUCUGUAGAGAGCAGAAGCCCAGAGGAGAGCUAGUGUACUACAGUGACAUCCACCUGCUGACGCUGUGGGAUGGCGGUAAACGUUUACUCCACGUCGAUGACCAUCGAGAACCUGAGCAGACAUGACAUGCUGGCCUGGGUCAACGACUCUCUGCAGCUCAGCUACACCAAGAUCGAGCAGCUGUGCUCAGGUGCGGCGUACUGUCACUUCAUGGACAUGCUGUUCCCCGGCUGUAUCCUGCUAAAGAGGGUGAAGUUCCAGGCCAAACUGGAGCACGAUUACAUCCACAACUUCAAAGUGCUGCAGUCGGCCUUCAAGAGGAUGAGCGUGGACAAGAUCAUUCCUGUGGAGAGGCUCGUCAAGGGCAGGUUUCAGGACAACUUCGAGUUCCUUCAGUGGUUUAAGAAGUUCUUCGACGCCAACUACGACGGAAAAGAGUACGACCCUCAGUUAGCGCGACAGGGCCACGACGUCACGCCACUGCCCCCCCCCAACCCAGGUGAAGUCAUUUCCCACAAAACCAAGAGCCCUCAGAAAGCAGCAGGUAACACACACACACACAGAGAGAGACAGACACACACACACACAGAGAGACACACACAGAGAGACAUUGAACACAUAAAACUGCGUCUAUGA